AUGGCGACAGGCGGAUCAGGAAUUUCUGCUGGCGAUGAGAUAAACCUUGUUAUACCAGCGGCCCAGGGCUACGCGGCUGGAUUCACAGACGCAGGCCUGACGCUCAACAACACUAUUGACUCUCAGACAACCCAGUGGUUCCUCAAAAACGAUAGCACAGUCAACGAAGUGUUGCUGGAGAACUUUGCGCAUCGAUCCGUCCACGACUUGGCCGUUAUCGGGAAAGCCGCAGUCAAGGCAUUCUACGGAAAACAGCCUUCGUACUCCUACUACUCGGGCUGUUCUCAAGGCGGUCGACAAGGUUACUUCGCAGCUGAGAAAUACUCCGAGGAUUUUGACGGCAUUCUGGCCAACGCUCCAGCCAUCAACGCCCCUCAACUCUCGCCUGCAGAAUUCUGGCCUUCAGUAUUGAUGGCCAACAUUGUCGUGCCACCUCAGUGCGUGUUUAGGGCAUACCAAAACGCCAUUGUCGAAGCAUGCGAUGCACUGGAUGGAGCUCGUGAUGGUCUCAUCUCUGCUUCUGAGAAGUGUCACUACGAUACCUCGAAACUUGUGUCGAAGAAGAUCGAGUGCACCGAGACAGACAGCACAGUUGUCAUCACCAGGGAGCAUGCUGAGCUGGUGGCCAAAAUUCUCGAAGGCCCCGUUGAUCCCAACGGCAAGACACUCUGGUACGGAACUCCCCCUGGGGCCGACUUUGAUGGUUUAGCCAACACGACAACUGUCAACGGCUCAAUUGUUCCUGUCCCAUUUGUCACAGCUGAAGCAUGGUUCAAGUACGCCAUUGCCCAAGAUCCCUCCCUCGACACGUCCAAGCUGUCCUUGUCGGAUUUCUUUCACUUGUUCAUGCAAUCAGUUGAUCGACUGACUGGCUCGCUGGGAUCGGACAACCCCGAUCUCACGGGGUUCAAAAACGCAGGCGGCAAGCUUCUCUCAUGGCACGGCAUGGCUGAUCCUCUAAUCAUGCACGGUGGCACAGUGCUUUACUGGAAUAAACUGAGCCAAAAGGCCAGCAGCCAGGCCGAGUUGGACAGUUUCUACCGUUUAUUUCUGGCCCCAGGAGCAGGACAUUGUUUCGGUGGCGUUGGUCCCAAUCCAAUGGAACCACUGUCGGCUCUUGUGGAUUGGGUUGAGAAGGGAAUUGUCCCCGAUACCCUCUUUGCGGAAACAACCAUGGGUGGCAAGUCUGUCAGUCGCAAUCUGUGCCCGUAUCCAGGCACUUUGCGAUACAACGGGAAAGGGGAUGUGAACUCUGCCAAGAGCUUUACCUGUACUCAGUGA